AUGUGGCUAGCUGAAUAUAUCGACGAUAUAAGAGAUCUGACCAAUAAUGGAUUAAUUUAUGCUGAAGAAUGUGAUUUGAGUUCAUUAUAUAGUAUUCGAAAAUUCGUUACGAGGUGGUUAGAUAAUGCGACACCAAGAAGAUUGGAUGGAGUGAUUUGUUUGGCGGCGGAAUGUAUCCCCCGGGGAAAAGAAAGGCAGAUUACCAUGGAUGGGGUUGAGAGACAGAUUGGGAUAAAUUAUUUAGCUCAUUUUCAAUUAUUGACCUUAUUGGGUCCUAGUUUGAGAGUGCAACCUCCUGGUCGAGAUGUUAGGAUUUUGAUUGCGACUUGUUCUCUGCAAGGGUUGGUUCAAGAGUUGGAUAUGGAUGAUUUAGGAUGGGAGAAGAGGAGAUAUCCGAAAUCAGAACCCUGGAAAUUGUAUGGGAUGUCGAAGUUGUUGCUUGGGUUGUUUGCUAGGGAAUAUCAGGAACAAUUGAUGAAGUAUGAACGAAAAGAUCUUGCUCCUUGUAAUGUGAGGAUAAAUUUGGUAAAUCCGGGUUUGUUAAGAUCUCCUUCAACUAGAAGAUUUAUUUCUAUGGGAAGUAUUUGGGGUUUGGUGAUUUAUUUGAUAUUAUAUCCUAUUUGGUGGUUAUUCUUUAAGAGUUUAGAACAAGGGGCACAAUCAUUUUAUUUUGCAUUAUUUGCACCCAUUUUUAUGAAAGUUGAAGGUGGGAAUUUAAUUCAAGAAUGUAAGAUAUUAACCAAAAUCAGAAAAGAAUAUAAUGAUCGUGAAUUACAACAGGAAUUAUUCACAAAGACAGAAGAAUUAAUUAAGAAAUUAGAAACGGCAUCAGCAAUUGAACGUAAUAGAAAUCAAACUAAAGAAGAAAAAGAAUUGGCUAAAAAGGCCGAAAUAGCUAAAAAGAGUGAUUUGACUAAAAAACCAGAAACCACUGAAGAUUUGGAAUACAAAAUAAAGGCAUUAAGGAAUCAAAUUGGAAUUGCAAGCGGUUCAUCACAAGGUAGUCAAGAAUUACCAUUGUUUCCUGAUGAUGAUGCAUUAAAGAAUAUGAAAGAUGUAAAAGUUGGCUCAUCGAGUAAGUCGUCGGGAGCUAAGAAGAGGAAGUCAAAGAAGACUUAA